AUGUUUGUCAAAUGGGGACCAAGCAAAAACCUCUCUCGAUUAAUCGAACCGGAAUCCAUAACACACGGUCAACAUUAUCUACUUAUAGCUGCAUAUUUCGACGAAACAUGGACGCAAAAGGUUCUUACCAAUGAAAGAAUCGGUCAUUUUGCGAAGAAAUAUAUGUUCAACCCCCGAUUCGAACCUAUCAUUCGAGACAGAAUUCCCAGCAAAUAUGAUUUUCGUACGGACUGGCUUUUGAAGGAGUUUGCGAAUGAGCAAUCUAGUUUUGCCAUUGCUCCUUUUGAAGCCGAACCUGUACGCCAUGUUCAUGCUGCCACAACCAACGCCGACGUUGUUAGAAAAAAGCCUGAGAGAAGGAUGAGCAGUGCCUAUAUUCCGAUAACCUCGCAGCUCUUCGUUGAACUCAAAAGGUCCUUACUUCGCAAGAUAGAGAAAGAGUUUCCUCCGAGUAAAAUUGUUGGACAAAAGGUCGAGGGUUGGUUACACACUUGGUUGAACAUGCCAGAGAAGCCCUCAAAGCUGUUCUCCUUUCAACCAAAGGGACCAUCUGACCUAGUUCUCGAUGGUCUAGGGGAGAUUAGGAUAGCAAUGGAAAGACUUGGCCCAGCUCGAAUUAAUGGCUUAAAGCUGAUGCACUUCAGGCUCUUACCUGGCACACAAGAGCACAAAGUCACAUUCGUCAGAUAUUAUCCAUUUAAAGAUUGUAAGGAUGACUACUCGAUUCAUCCUAUCUUUGAGGAAGUUCCAUAA